AUGAGUGCAGCGGAUCUGAUCCAACGGUUGGACAUCGACUUGGUCUCGGCCCUAGAUGAAACCGAGCGACGCCAAGUGUUGCAAGCAUGUGAUCGACUGAAAGCCAAGCUGGAGACGCCCAUGGAUACAACGGCUCGUCUGGUCUUCUCGAGUCACCAAGCCAUGGCAGUGAGGUUGGGGAUCGAUAUGAAGCUCUUUGAUGCCAUGGCCAAAGCAAGCAAGUUAGCCGAGGAUCCCUUCAACGUACAGGACUGGUGUGAAGAGACUGGGUCGGACCCAUUGCUAGUGAGGCGCAUAACUCGAUUCCUUGCCGCCAUGGGGGUGAUUCAGGAAAUAGACGGCGAUUCAUAUACUCAGACGCCACUAGCCGCGGCCUAUGUGUCAAGCUCUCCUCUUUCGGCGGCGGUGAUCCAUAGCACGCAUUUCUUGACCGUCCUGUCAAGACUCCCCGAGUAUUUUCAUGUCAAUGGGUGGAAAAGUCCCGGGGAUGGUCUCGAUGGUCCUUUCCAAUUUGCAUUGGGAGCCGAUGGCCACUACUUUGACUUUUUGAGCACGCAUCCUUAUUACAGCCAGGCAUUUAACACGGUGAUGGGCAUGUCGUUUCGCCGACGUGGGAAGGAUUGGUUCGAGGUUUUUCCCGUCGAAGAACGACUACGAGUGUCAAGUAGCAGUGAUCCACUGAUCGUCGAUGUUGGCGGGGGCCAAGGCGAAGAUCUCAAAAAGUUCCAGGAACACUUCUCUGAUUUGCCCGGGAAACUCGUUCUCCAAGAUCUGCCUGCCGUAAUCGAGGGUGUCAAGGAUCUAUCGGGGAUCGAAGUACAAAGUCAUGACUUUUUUCAGAAGCAACCGGUGCAGGAUGCGAAGGUGUACUUCCUGCGGACCGUUUUGCAUGACUGGCCGGACAAGCAGGCCAUCCAGAUUCUAGGGAACCUCCGCGAUGCGAUGAGUCGGGAAUCUAUUUUGCUGAUCAGCGAGAUCAUGCAACCCGAAUCUGGGGUGCCUUUGCCCUCGGUCCUAUCCGAUAUGCAAAUGAUGGGCUCGUUCGCUUCAUUAGAGCGGACACAGGCGCAAUGGCAAACACUGCUGAAAGCAGCCGGGUUCGAGCUCGUUCAGGUCUGGCUAUCCGACAGGAGUCCGAUAUCUCAAGCAGAACAGCCCGCUUUACUUGAAGCUCGGGUCUCGGAAUCCACAAUUUAA